CCGGGCUGCAGGGUCGGAGAGCCGGGUGCUGAACCCCCCUCUGCAGAUCUAGGGGUCUGUCCCAGCCCAACGCCUCAGCCAUGGGCACAGCUCUGCUGCCACACUGUGAUGCUGGGGAAAGGGAGCUCCCACCUCAGGGCCCCCCCUGGAGAGCAGGGGGUCCUGCCAUGCUGAGGGUCCUGAUCCUCGCCCUGCUCUGGAGGGGGUCCCUGUUCCAGCCGCUCGGAUUUACCCUGACGGUGCCGCAGUCGGUGUCGGUGCAGGAGGGUCUCUGUGUUCUCGUCCCCUGCACCUUCACGUACCCAGCCUCCUACGACACCGACAAUCCCUCGGCCCAGCUCUACGGACAGUGGUACAAGGAGCCUGCUACUGUGGGCCAGGAUCCUCCUGUGGCCAGCAGUGUCCCUGCCGUGAGUGUGUCGCAGGAGACCCAGGGCCGGUUCCGGGUGACCGGGGAUCCAGCGCACGGCGACUGCUCCCUGCAAAUCAGUGAUGCCCGACGGACGGAUGCUGGGAGAUAUUUCUUUAGCAUCGAGAAAGGCCUGUUAGAACACACUUACUGCUCCAAUUCCGAUGGCACUGACCCUGCGCUCACGAUCUCUGUGCCAGGGCUGACGGAGGAGCCAGAGAUCCAGAUCUCGCCGGCUUGGGGGCUGCCAGGGACGCUGCUGGCCGGGAAGCCGGUGACUGUGACCUGCACGGCCCCUGGGCGCUGCUCCGGGCCCCCUCCCCGAGUCACGUGGACGGGGCCGUUCAGCGACACAGCCCGGAACGUCUCAGCCCAGCUGGCGAACGGCACCUGGGCCCACAGCUCCGCGCUCAGCUUCACGCCCAGCUUGGAGGACGAUGGCAAAGAGCUCGUCUGCAACGUCACCUACAGGCCACCACAGGGACCUUCCACCCGCAGAACCGUCCAGCUCCACGUCGGCAGUGAGUGA